CAGCAGUAAACCAUUCCUACCACCCCUUACCGGCUACAUGUGGGGGAGACACCUCCUGAGUGGAACCAAGCAGAGGAAAGAAACCAAACAAAGCUUUUUUCAAUCUUUUUUAAAUGCAAAUAACUGCAUAGUUUUUUUAAAUUCUUCUUAACCAAGCUGAUAGGUGGGAGCGCGCAAGUGAGAGUGUGAUGCCUGGGAGGAAGUUUGCAAGUUUGGACUGAACGACAAUGGAAUUUAUAAUCUCCUAACUUCGAGGAAUAACGUUAUCUUCCCCGGCGUACACGGGCACCAGCCGCGUACUAACUGCAGGCGCUGAAUGAAGCCGUAGAAACUGUCUGCUUGUAACCAGGAGUAACGCGGUGUUUGGAGCGACUGGCUGGAGAGUUGGACACCGGAUAAGACACUGCGGCAUUGAUGAACAGACAGACUGCAACUUGAACCGCACAUUCAGCGCUGCAACCAACUCUGUUUCACCGGAACUCGCCUAGAUCACUGGGGACCAAUGUAAACAGUGCGACGCGUCAACGCAUUCUACGCAAAUCUACGCAAUUCUAGAGUUGGAUUCGAUCUCUCCACAGAGAGAUUCUCAUGGGAACCAUGGAAACAUUGGAAAUGGCAGGACAAGAGCAGUAGACUUCGACAGAUGUUAUCCAGAGGGAUGUGUUUUUCAACCCAUGCUGCUAGGAGGUCAAGAGGUGACAUGCCUCUGUAAAACACCACUUGAAACAAAUGCUCUGCUGCCAUGCCUCCGGGGAACGUGUAUCGUCUUUCAGUGUUGGCAGUCCGUACACUGCUGUCUCUCCUCAUGUUAGCCAUUGGCUGGCCCCUUAUCUUACUAACUAGUGGCGUUGUCCAAGGAUCAGACCCCUCCCCCUCUAGCCCUUAUCCCACCUUUGUUCAAAAUGACACUGUGUUUGAGCACUUGGCCCUGCAUCCCGACCACACUGUGGGUCGGGUCUAUAUCGGGGCCCGAGAUCACCUGUUCCAGUUGAAUCGAUUCCUACAACCUGAGCUCCAGGUUGACACUGGACCUGUCACAGACAGUAGGGAGUGCUUACCUCCUGUUACUAAGAGCAACUGCCCUCAGGCUAGGACAACCAAUAACCACAACAAGCUUCUGUUGGUAGAUCCCUACUCCAUGGAACUGAUAACCUGUGGGAGCGUCAACCAAGGAAUCUGUCAGAAACGUAAUCUGGAUUCUGUGGAUAUGGUACGAUUCUCCACCACGAGGCCGGUCGAUACUCAAUAUGUAGCAGCUAACCACCCCAAUGUUAGCACUGUUGGGGUUGUUGUUCGCUCACAUCCUGAUAAGCAGCCACUCCUGUUUGUGGGCCGGGGUUACACCAGCAGCCAUCCACCUAUAUCCACAAGAAAUCUCGCCCAAGAGCCAAUCUUUUCGUACGAGGAGACCGCCAAAUUGGCUGUGGCUGGCCGUCUCUCAGAAUAUGACCAUAAUUUUGUGGCCUCGUUUGCCCAUCGUCAGCAUGUAUACUUCCUCUUCCACAGACGGGACCUUAAAUCACAAUCUCGCGAGCAUCGCACAUAUGUCUCUCGAGUAUGUUUGGAUGACCAGUCCUAUUACUCCUACGUAGAAAUACCAUUAAUUUGCCGUUCCAGGCCAGGAAAAAUUUAUAACCUGCUGCAAGCUGUCCAACUCGGGCUCUCCAAGGAUGGUGCAGCGAGUCAAGGCUCUGAGAUUCUUCUUGGUGUCUUCUCCACUAUUUUGGCUUCAUCAAAUCGGCCCAGUGAGGACUCGGCCCUCUGCUUGUUUAACCUUGAAGAUGUGGACCGCAGGAUUAAUUCCACCAGAGACCUGUGCUACACACAGAUGGGUAGAGAAGCAGGAGUGGAUGCAGCCUACAUUGAGUACGAAGUCAAGUCCAACUGUGCCAACCUUCCAGAGAACACCCUGGACGCCUACCCCUGCGGCUCUGACCACACCCCCAGCCCAAUGGCCAGCCGAAUUGCUGUGGAGGCUGAAACCAUAUUGGACAGCCCGUCUGCCCGUCUCACUGCUGUGUCCGUCAGUGUUCGGCUUGGACAUACCAUCGCCUUCCUGGGAGACUCCAAAGGGAACCUGCACAAGGUGUUCCUUGGGCCAAACGGUGAGGUGGAGGAGUACUCUGUCAUCUCCAUCCAGCAGAAUGCAGCCAUCAGCUCAGACCUCAUCCUCGACCAGAAAGAGGAACAUCUUUUCAUCAUGACCCAUAACAUGCUGCAGAAGAGGCCGGUGGCUGAAUGCCAACAGCACCCGGACUGCCACUCCUGCCUGCUGUCCCACGACCCCUACUGUGGCUGGUGUGUCCUGGAGGGAAGGUGUGUGUUGCAGUCACAGUGCGCUCGUUGGAACCUGCCAGGUCAGUGGCUGUGGAGCUUCGACAUGGAGCAGCAGUGUCUGACCGUCCAGGACCUCAACCCCUCGAACAUCAGCAGGGAGGAGAGCAGGAUGGUGUCUUUGUCAGUCCCAGGUCUCCCAGUGUUAGAGAGGGAUGAGUCCUACUCCUGCUUCUUCCAGGACAGCCACGGUCCUGCCACUGUCACCAAAACAGGUGUCACCUGCCAGUCGCCCAACACCGGCAGAGUACCCACAGUUCCUCCGGGACAUGACUUUGUCAGAGUCACAUUGUCUCUUCGUUUUGGCGAUGUCACCGUCACAGAAAGGGAUUUCAUCUUCUACGACUGCAUGGCUGUUAAGCAGCUGUCUGGCAGCAUGCCUUGCCAUGGUUGUGUUUUGAGCCAGUGGGGCUGUAACUGGUGUGUUCACCAGCACUUGUGCACCCACAAGCCCACCUGUGAGCAGGGGGUGAUCAUCUACAACCAACACUUUGAACUCCCCACCUCAGCUCCUUCCCCAACCAAAUCUAUUAAAGUCAUCACAACACCCAGUACCACAACAGCUGCCCCAACAUCAACCACCAUGACAACCACCACAACACCUUCCACAACAACAACAGCAACUGUCGCUACAACAACAACAACCACCUCAGCCCCCGUCACUGUACCAUCCAAUCAUGAACCAACCACCCCUACCACACCCACUGAUCCACCCACAACCACCAGGAGCCCUGAGCUGACCACCCCACCCACCACCCUGCCCCCUCAACUUGCCGCCACCCUGCCACCCACCACAGCAGCCCCGACCUUGCCUCCAACUCCAGAGACCACCACCAGGAAGGAAGAAGAGACUGAAGCGGGAGAACUCGUCGUUGCCACCCAUAGUGACACCAUAGUUGCUGCCACCACCGUUGUCAUGGGGGCUACAGAGUUGGUGCCUGUCACCAUGGCUAAUGGUGUAAGUGGAGAUCUGGACCCAGCAAUGCCUCUGAUGAUCCCGGACACCUCCUCCCUGGAAGUGGUGACGGAGUUGCCCCCGAGUGACACCCAGGAAGCUGAGGGAGCACUGAGCCUGGCCGAGCCUCCAACCAUUGCCUCAUUCGGCUUCCCCCUACCAACACCUUUCCCUGUGGGCAAACCAGAUGACUCUGAGCCUUUCCUCUACCUAGACCUGACCCAGGCACCCAUCCUGAUGCCCACACAAGACAUCGAUGCAGGACGCCCAGGCGCUGACUCCGAGGUCCUCCUUUGGCCAGAUGAAGAAGUGGAUGUUCAUGCUGAGGGGGCUGUCCAGUCAGAAAAUGACACUGCCACAUUUUCAGCUGCCACUGUGUUGUCAGGUGAUGGUGAGGUUGACCACGCGCCCCCAUCCUACCCCCGCCUGUUGGAUACUGACUCAGAGCUGGACUACCAGUAUGAUCAGGCUGACAUCUUCCUCCCGGGCCAUGAGGGCUCCUUUGUCAGCUGGGGUUCCUCAGCUUGUCCCUGUGUGGAGAAGGUCCGGGGUUCGUCAAUGCUCCCUGUCAGAGUGGAGAGGAAGAUCACUUUACAGGCCCGCAACCUGCACCUCUAUCAGGACACAGAGCUGGACUACGAGUGUGUGUUGGUAAUCGAGGGGCAGACGGUGGUGGUGGACGCAUACGUUGAAACUGAUGACAUUUAUCCAUUCAACUUUGACAUCACUUGUCAGCUUCACCAGUACACAUACUCUGCUCCUGUGGAGGAAUACAAUGCCAUGGUGUAUGUGAAGAGGAGGGACACCUUCCAUGUGGACAGCUCUACUGAUCUUUAUGUGACACUGUACAACUGCUCUGUGGGCCGAUCAGACUGCAGCCGCUGCCAUACAGCUGACCAGAAAUAUGGCUGUGUGUGGUGUGGCACUGCUCAGGCCAGUUGCCUGUAUUCAGACUCCUGCAGUGAAUCCAUACAACACACCUGCCCUGCCCCCGUCAUCCACUCUAUUGAGCCACUCUCGAGCCUGCUAGAAGGAGGAACCAUGGUGACCAUCUCAGGCUCCAACCUGGGCCAGAAGACUGAAGACAUCCUUGACUCUGUAUCUGUAGCUGGGGUUGCCUGCAAUGUCAUCCCAAACCUCUACGAGGUCUCCUCCAGGAUCGUGUGCAGGACCAAAGCCAGUGGGGGAGAGAAGGUGGGCCAUGUGUCUGUGGAAGUGAGCGGAGGAGAGUUUGGCCAAUCCAGCCAGACAUUCAGCUACCAGGAUCCAUUUGUGAUGGGGGUGUCACCUGAAAGGGGCCCAAAAGCCGGAGGAACAUCCCUGACGAUCACAGGCCGAAACCUGCUGACCGGCCACCCCUUUGACCUCAGCAUCACUGUGGGAGGAGUGCCCUGUAACAUUGUGUCAGAAGUGCGGCGUUCCAGUGUUCAGUGUGUGACAGGCAGCAGUAAUAAGACAGGCGAUCACCGGAUCACCCUGCAUUACGGCAGCAGCCAGCGUCACCUCCACACUUCAUCCUAUCGCUACACCCACAACCCCAACAUCACCCACGCCUCGCCAGCUAAGAGCUUCCUGGAUGGUGGUCGACUUAUCUACAUGUCAGGCCACAAUAUGGACGUAGUGCAGGAGCCCCGGAUGGUGAUUACAGUCUCUCCCUACGAGUCCAUUGUCCAGAGCAAAAUGAGGAAAAAGAGGAGGCGGAGGACUAUAGAGCAGAGGGAGGAGAGAGAGAGGACACCAGGACGGCCGGUCAGGAUGGUUCCUGACCCUGUCUGUCCUGGAGACCCACUCUGCUCUGUCAAACAGUUCAUGGAACGCUGUGAGGUGAACUCCUCCUCCCUGAUCCUGUGCCGCUCUCCAAUGGUGGACUCCUCUAUCUGGGGGUCAAAGGUCACAGUGGAGUUUCUCUUGGACAAUCUGCGCUUUGACUUCAGCAGUUUGAACCCUCAGCCCUUCAGUUACGAGCCCAACCCCGUCCUACGCUGCCUGAACCAGCAGGAACCGCUGAAGGCCUACCGCUACAACCCCGGUAGCUUCAUCCAGCUGGAGGGAGAAAACCUAGACCUGGCCAUCACUAAGGACGAGGUGGUGGUGUUGAUCGGGGAGGGUGUGUGUGCUGUGAAGACUCUGACCAGAAACCAUCUGUACUGCGAGCCACCGCCUCAGCAGCCCGCACCAGGACCCAACCGCAAGAAACGAGAGGGCUCUGACAACCUCCCGGAGUUCACAGUCCAAAUGGGCAACCUGAACUUUUCUCUUGGAAAGGUUCUGUAUGACAACCUCAGCCUGUCCACUUUCCCCCUGGAGGCUCAGAUUGGCGUCGGAGUCGGGGCGUCCAUAGUGGCCCUCAUUGUGCUCAUCAUUGUGCUCAUCUACAGGAGGAAGAGUAAGCAGGCCCUGAGAGACUACAAGAAGGUCCAGAUCCAACUGGAGAACCUGGAGACCAGUGUGAGAGACCGCUGCAAGAAAGAGUUCACAGACCUGAUGACAGAGAUGAUGGACAUGUCCAGUGACCUGGUGGGCUCAGGGAUCCCUUUCCUUGACUACCGGAUGUACGCCGAACGCAUUUUCUUCCCAGGCCACCGAGAGUCGCCGCUGAGGCGAGACCUGGACGUUCAGGAGUGUAGGCGGCAGACGGUGGAGCAUGGCCUGGUGCAGCUGUCCAACCUGCUUAACAGCAAACUCUUCCUCACCAAGUUCAUUUACACGCUGGAGAGCCAGCGGACCUUCUCUCCCAGAGACAGAGCCUAUGUGGCCUCUCUGCUGACGGUGGCGCUUCACGGAAAGCUAGAGUAUUUCACUGACAUCCUCAAAACUCUCCUGAAUGAUCUGGUGGAGCAGUACGUGGCCAAGAACCCCAAAUUGAUGCUGCGAAGAACAGAGACAGUGGUGGAGAAACUGCUGACAAACUGGAUGUCCAUCUGUCUCUACGCUUUCCUCAGGGACUCAGCAGGAGAGUCGCUCUACAUGUUGUUCAGGGCCAUAAAGCACCAGGUAGAUAAAGGACCAGUGGACGCUGUUACUGGCAAAGCCAAGUACACCCUCAAUGACAACCGGCUGCUGCGUGAAGACGUGGAGUACAAGACCUUGACUGUGAAUGUGUUAGUGCAGGGCGGAGGCGUUAAUGAGACUCAGCCGCUGCCCUCCAAAGUGCUGGACUGUGAUACCAUCACACAGGUGAAGGAGAAGCUGCUGGAUCAGGUAUUCAAGGGUACCUCCUUCUCCCACCGACCCCAUGCUGACUCACUGGAUCUGGAGUGGAGGUCUGGUGUGGCCGGACAUCUCAUCCUGUCAGACGAGGACUUGACAUCUGUGGUUCAGGGCAACUGGAAGCGCCUGAACACGCUGCAGCACUACAAGGUCCCAGACGGUGCAACAGUAGCGCUGGUCCCUCGCCACAACAAACACAUUCACCAUGACAACCAUGACUACAUAGCAGGAGAGACAUUGACCUGUGCAGAAACACCGAUGCUGGAGGAUGCAGAUGAAGGUGGAGUGCGGCUGUGGCAUCUGGUGAAAGCCAGUGAGGAGCCAGAGCUGCCUAAACACCGCAGAGGCAGCUUGAGGGAGAGGGAAAGGGCCAAGGCCAUCCCUGAGAUCUACCUGACCCGCCUGCUGUCCAUGAAGGGCACAUUGCAGAAGUUUGUAGAUGACCUGUUCACAGUGAUCCUUAGCACCAGCCGUCCUGUCCCCCUGGCUGUCAAAUACUUCUUUGACCUGCUGGACGACCAGGCAGGACAACAUGGAAUCUCCGACCCUGAGACAAUCCACAUUUGGAAGACCAACAGUCUCCCUCUGCGCUUCUGGAUCAACGUUGUGAAGAACCCUCAGUUUAUAUUUGACGUCCAGGCGUCAGACCAUGUGGACGCUGUGCUCUCUGUCAUCUCCCAGACAUUCAUGGACUCCUGCACCAUCGCUGAGCACAAACUGGGACGGGACUCCCCCAUCAACAAGCUGCUGUAUGCCAGAGAUAUUCCCAGAUACAAGCAGAUGGUAGAAAGGUACUAUGCUGACAUCAGACAGACCAUCUCAGCCAGUGACCAGGAGAUGAACUCUGCCCUAGCUGAACUGUCCAGGAACUACUCUGGAGAGCUGAAUUACCUGGUCGCACUGCACGAACUCUACAAGUACAUCAACAAAUACUAUGACCAGAUCAUCACAGCGCUGGAGGAGGACACCACAGCCCAAAAGAUGCAGCUCGGCUACAGGCUGCAGCAGAUCGCUGCAGCUGUGGAGAAUAAAGUCACUGACUUGUGACAGAGGAGGCACCCACAGGUGUGGCAGCAAAUGGAUUUGGGUGAACGUGUAGAAGACAACAUUUAAAACCUGCAGGUUGAACUGAGAAGCAGGAGAACAACAGACAGAUGGGAAGACAGACUUUUCCUUUUUCCCCCCCUUUUUUUUUCAAGAAACUUUUUUCAGAUCAGAGGAUUUAAGUUGGCAUUAAAGUUCAUGUCCCAGCCCCUUUUGUCCUUAUUUUCUCUAGCUAUGGAUGCACCUGUGCACUCCAGAAACUGUGAGGCCAAUUGUGGACACAGGACAGCACAUGGACACCGAACAAACCUGGAUGAGGAGACACCAGUCAGGCCUGCUGCCACACUAUGUAUGAAGAGACGUGGAGGAAAAAACUAAGUACAAAAAGUGCUGGAGUUCACCUCUGUUGUCUUACACAUGUAGGAGAAAGCAGCUGAGGGAAUCUUAACAGAAACAGGGAUUUGAUGUCAUUUUCCCUCUGGAGCCAAUUUUACGAAGAGGAACCUUUUAAAGCCUUGUGUGCUUGUCGCUGCUGUGUAAUCACAUGUAAAGUGUGUGUGUGUGUGUGUAUGCGUGCGCGCGCAUAUAUGCGUUUGUGCACAGUCCAUAUUUCCCUGGUUUGUUUGGCUACAUCUUACAUUUCUGACUUCUAGUACCAAGUAUUAGAAGUCAGCGGUUAUGAUAUUUUGGAUGUUACAGGGAGCAGUAUUUGGAGAAUGCAGGGAACUGAUGUUGAAGAAACCAUGUUCAAAAUUUCUGCCACUCUCUACCUCGCCUGCUGUGCUGCAGUUACAUUUGCCCUCAUUUCUGUGAUGUCAUUGCCUGGAGAAAAACAGUAUCUAUGUAUGUUACUUUCAUCCAGCUAAAAGCACCAGUACAGCAGCACUGUUCAGACCUGUCCUCAUACACAUAUACAGUUAACACCUGCUGGACAUCUCAUUUGGAGCUGUACGCACACACACACACACACACAGAUAAUUCAGACAAUUCAGACAUUUCAAGUUCAAUAUUUUUCUUUAGUUUGUUAAAGAUUGGAAGUCAGAAUCUGCUCGUCGGGGCAUUUUAAGGUACUUAAAACCAGACUAAGUGACACUUUACUCUGUUUUUUUUUUUCUUUCUUGCUUUUAUACUUUAAUGUGGAUGUGUGUAUAGUGUUCAAGUCACUGGAAAGAUGUUAGAGGUAAAACAAAAAUCCUCCUAUAAAAGAAACUUAUGUUAAUGAAGUGGAAUCCUAGUGCGUGCUGUAGUGUUUUAUUGUGUAUUUCUAUUUUGUACAUUUUUUAACAUUACUUUUAGGAUUUGAACAAUGUCUUAAAUCAUGGUUCACCUAGUUCUACUCCAAGCUGAGGCAACGGUACGUGUUGUGGUUUGUUUGUUUUUUGGUAUUGCAUCAUGGUUGGUUUAGAGUUCCUGUAUUGAACGUAAGGUGGCACUGCUUCACGUGCUUCACGUGCUGUCAACCUGUUACAUAACCAUGUAUUGAUUAUACUGCUACUGCUUUGAAAGGUAUAGUCGACCUCGUCACACUGUCCUGCUUUUGCUUGGAGCACAGAGACUUUUCAUACAAGCGCUAAGGUUUGCUUUUUUUAAAUUAUUAUUUAAAAGACAAAGAUUGACAUGGUUUCCCCUUUUAAAAGGGUUUCCUACAGUACUGCCAUUUGUGUGCUUCAUUUUGGUUAAAUUCCAGUUUCCGGUUUGGAAUCGCAAAGAUUACUGACUCGGUUCAGCAAGAGGAAACCAAUGUUGACUGGGAAAGUAACUUUGGCAUAGCACAGGAACCAAGAUGAUGCUGUGGUUUCUUUGUCAAAGUUAAGAUUUUAGAUAGAUGGAUGUUGACCGCACACAAAAAGCUGCUCAAGAGUUAAGCUACACAAUAUUUAUAAGAAGACAAGACUGAGAAUUGGACUAAAUACAGUGCCAACUGCCAAAUUGAAUUCUUCCAUACUUAAAUCAGGAAUAUGGACACAGUUCAGUCUCCGACCACUCAGUGAUGAGGUUUGAGACCCCACCCCGUCAUCAGUAAUUUGUCUGAGUUGAGUGUGUGUCUAACUCCUAGGUCCAGAAGCAGUGUGUCAGAAUGAAGCCUGUAGGUUUGUCACUACACAACGUAAUGGUUCAGAAGAACAGAUGGUUUACUUUGUCACAUGCUUGUCAGCUCAGAUAGGAGCGAAAGCUCAGUGAUGAUGCAGUCAAAGGGAGGGAAAACUCUUUAACUGUAUACAUUUGGCAGUGUAGAUUUUGCUCUGCAGGGAGCGCUUUUAAGGAUGUUUCUAAUUUUGUGUGUUAACAUCAUACUGAUUUAAUAAUGUUACUGUAGUGAUUUAACAUGUUUAAUAAGAAAGGGUGCAAAUUCUCACAUAUGCUGAUGUAAUAAAGUAUUUGUAAAAUGA